AUGGCGAAAUCCACAGAUUUUAAGAACUUAUUUUUGCUGAAUUCGAUUCAUUCGUUAAUUUUACUGAUCUUUAUGGAAAUUUUUUUCUUCCUUUUGGAUGGAAUAAACACGUUUGAGGUUAUAACCAUCGAGGAGAGGAUAUCUCAAAUGAUAUGGUGCUCCUUCUUCGUCGUGCAGAUUGGAAUCUUAAAAGUAGCGGAGGUGUUUUCCAAGAAUGCAGAUGGGAAAGAAAUUGUCUCUUUGCAUUAUCUGUUCAUUAUAUACGUUUUUUUGUUUCCUCUUUUUUCUGCCUUUUUGUUUACAUCCGCUUUGUCCUGGUCGAAGACAGUUUAUUUCAUCUGUAUUUUGAGCCUGUCUACAUCUGUUAAAAUAAAAGGCCUAUUGUUUAUUUGCACAGUUACAUUAAUCACGGGGUUCGUGCGCUUUUACAGUAGAAUGCCAACGUUUCACGUCGCCCUGUGUUUCACUCUGCUUCUGCUUGUAUAUAUUGUAGUAUGUUUCAUCGUCCACCUUGAGCUGUACACUUUCGCUAGCCAAAUAGCUAACAUUAAGAAGAAGCCGCUGCGUGCUUUGGAUACCGUGCAUCCAUACUUCCAGGAGCUCGAAAAGAAGGCCAUCUUAAUAAGGAACAAUUUGAUAUACUGCCAGCAGAAUAAUAUCAGCGUGGAUAUACUAGGGAACAACCCGUUCGAGUACGAGGAUAACGACGGAAUCAAAAAGAUCAAAACGAUAAACCAAAGCAAGAUAAGGCUGGACCCGUAUGGUGACGACCUGACCAGUGUGCAGUGCGAGGCCCCCCUCGACGUGAGCGACGUUAACUGUUCCAGCGUUAACAACUUUGGCAUCGGGGGAGAGAAGCCGAACCUGCAGGAUGAAAGUGCUUCUUCGUUCCAAGGGGGGGAAUCAUUAUCGGUGGGACACAAAUCUAGGGAUCAGACAAAGGUCGGCAAAAGGAAGGGCAGAAGAAGAGUGCAUCCUUCGGACGAUUCCCCCCAGGUGAAUACCCCAGGGGAAGAACAAAGCGGUAUAUCUGAUACUGAUAGACCGAUUCACACAAAAAGUGCAGGCAAAAAUGAUCACCUGAGAAAUGACUUACCCCCGGUGAAGCAUCUAUCCUCACGAAGGUACCGAAGUGGAAUCUCAAAGAGGAACCUAUCCAAUUUGCACAGCUCAAAGGAAAGAACAUUUGGAGACAAACUGGACAGGCCACAAUCUCAAUAUUAUGGAGAGACGUACAAAAAGGAGAUGGUCCAGAAACACUUCAGCUUGUUGCGAAGUGGACUAGGGAUAUUUCAUAGGAAAAGAAAUAUUAUACUAUCCGAAGAAUUGAAGAAAAAAAUUACGUACAUAUAUUUUGACCGAGAUGGGAAUGUUAAGAGGUCCCAAAUUAUUCCCCUCUAUGUGCUGGAGAGACACAAUUUAAGUAACAUCUCGAGUUACCUGAGGAGUGACCACACGUCCUCCACAAAUGGGAACCACUAUAAGAUGCUCGCUCUGUUGAAGGAAUACCCUGCGCUGAAAAUGGGGGACCCCUACGAGGGAUCGCUCCACAUGAAUUCGUUGGGCGGAUUACGCAACGGGAGGAGCAAGGGGCGCAACACCCACACUCCUACGUGCACCCGCAGACACAGCAGUGUUUGCCUCGUUGGAAGUGACCAAAACAACCGCGAGGAUAGGAAACUUCACGUUUUCAACUCCGACGUGCAGAAAAUAGAGGAGAAGAGGAACGCCCCUAAUAAUAACCAUGGUUGGUCGUGCUCAUCGGUGGGAGGGUCCAAUAAAAAGGGGGAUCAGAUUCAAGUGGCAGAUCAGGGCUUAACGAGUGCCAGGCUGUUUUACCUCAUCCCAUCAGCUAAGGUAGAGGACUGUGGAGCAAAAGGGAACAAAGACUCAAAUUUUAAGACAAAAAAAAAGGAGAACGACCCUUUUCACUCCCAAUCUGCUAGCAGCAACCAUGAUGGCAGUACGACCUCUGCGAAGAACAAGUCUUUAUUUCAUGUAAAUACAACGAUAAAAAAGGACAAAUAUAUUAUCCAACUGGAGGAUUCAAGUGAUGAUAACUUGUCCACUUCGAACAACGUAUUAUACGUCGACGAUAUUGUGGAUGGCUCCUCCGGCACAGAGAAGGGGGAAAAUAGUGGAGAUGGCACUGCCAAGUGUGGCACUUCUUCUGAUGAGAGUGUACAUGCGGGAUGGGGGAACGGGCGGUGCAGGAAAGGCAAGGUUGGUGACGAGGUCUGUUUGGUUAGCGCGACUGGGGGGAGACAUAGAGAGGCUCCCCCUCCAGCGGAACGGCCAAACGGUGCACACAAAAUAGAGAAGAAAAAAAGCAACUGCUAUUACGGGACAAAAUUAUCACUGAAAAAAAAGAAGAAAAAAAAUGAAAGUCACUCUGAGGUAUCGUUUCGGAAGGAAUUUUUCCUCCAAUUUUACGAUGUCAUUUCGACGGGUGGUACGAACGAACUGUACGGGGUGAAUAAGCAGAGGUGUCACCAUUGGAAUGGGCUUCUUUCUUUUGUGAAUUCAAUUGGGAGUCUUUUCAGGGGGGCAAAGUUGGGCGUUACAAAGUGGGGGUACCACUCAUCCCGUGCAGGAGGGGGGAAAUACUGGACGCAAUAUAACGAAGCCUUUUCCACAGCAGACUGGAGACAGAACAUUAGGGACAGCGAGCUGGAGUACAUAUUAAAAUAUAAGAACUUUACCAAGUGGUACAGACAUUGGGUGAGCAGUGUCCUGUUCCGUUACUAUAAGAGAACCCAUUUUUUUACCCUCUUGUUAUUGUUGCUAAACGUGUUCACAGUUCUUCUACAGAUGGAGUUGUUUUCCUUGAUAAUCAGAGUUGAUCAUGUGGGGGAAAAGUCACCAAACGCGUUCAACGAGGAUAAUCCACUAUGCAUGAGGACGAAGUUUAGCUUAAACAACACAAUGGAUGAGAGCAUUUUUUAUCGACUCCUUUGGAUGAGGAUACCGAUGCAGGUUUUGUUAAACGUCCUGCUAAUGUUACCAUCGUUCUUCGUGAAGAAUUACAGACAUGUUAAUUGGCUGAACGUGUGUUCCACUCUCAACUGCCUCGUUAAUAUUUACUUCGGGAUAGUGGACAUUUCGUACUCACUGAACAACAGGUUGUACAACAUGCGGCAGCUCUACCCUGUUCUAAACUACUACAACAUCUUUGAUCUCUUUCUGGUUGGGAAGCUAACGAUGAGCAUUUUCCUAAUCCCCUUUGUCACAAAUUUUAAUGGCUCCAAGACGAGUGCUUUGGUUAAUCUCAGCUGCGUCUGUUACAUUGGUACGUUUUACAACGCCUUCAAUCCUCCUUCCUUUUCCAUCAAGCUGAUGUACAUCACGAAUUUUGUGAUCCUCAUCGCGACGGCUGCGUCGACGGUGCAUUAUUCGAGGCUGAUCGCCAAAUCACGCAAGAUGCUCUUCGUCAAGUACGUGCUGCCCUACUUCAUAUACCUCACCUUCCUGAACACGGACCCGAGCAUCCAGAUGGAGAUAAAGGAAAAGCGGCGCGCAGAAUAA